AUGGAGCCUAUAAAAGGGCCCAGUACCCCUCAUAAGGUGACGAUUAUGCUCGCGAAGUGCACUCUUCUUAUCUGCCUUUUGAGCUUCGUAGCUCCCCACCGACUAAGACGUUCAGAGGAAACCGCCUGUCCUGAUGGUUGGUUGCGGUUGUUCAAUUCGUGCUACUUCUACGAGAGGAAUCGGAUGACUUUUGACAAGGCUGAAUCCAAUUGUGCAGCAAAAGGUGGAAGACUGUUUGUUCCAAAUUCAGCAGUAGAAUGGAAGGAAGUGGUGAAAAACGUGCCGGAAAAGUACUGGAGCUGGGUUGGAAUGAAGCGUGAAGGCUCGUACAUGCCAAAGUGGAAAACCAGCGGAGGGCUCAACGUUGCUGAACUAGAUUAG